AUGACGGAUGCAAAUAUUCAUCCAUCCAUCAUUUUAAUUCGUGAUCGUUUACAUGAUAUAUUUCCUGAAAUACAAAUUCCUCUUGAAUUUAUUGGAUGGCAUAUUCGUCAAUCAAGAUCUAUUGAAGCUAUAUGCUCAAUUUUUGCUACUGAAAUAUUAUCAUUUGGUCAAGUAAUUGAUCCAAGAAAAACUCAAAAUCAAAUCGAAGAACAAACAGCUUCAGCCAAUAGUCAUACAUCUAAACAAACAACAAUUACUGAUGAUACACUUCAAACACUCUAUGAUGUAUUUAAUGAAAUACCACGUGAACAUAUAGAAAAUCUUUAUAUUAAUUUUAAAAAUACUAAUAAUCCAAAUUGGUAUGAUGAUAUUGUUAAUGAAUUACUUUCAUAUAAUGUUAUGAAAACUUCAACAAAUAAACGAUCAUAUGAUCAAAUGAUUAUUGAUGAUAUUGUAUUUAUUCCAGAUGAAUAUAAUCGUUUACUUGCUAUAUUACCUGAUAUUGAUCCUGAUUAUGCAUUAGAAUGUUAUAUGAAAUAUCGUGAAAAAUCAUCAGAUAAUACAGAUUUAAAUAUAUUAAUAACAAGUCUUAUUGAACAUGGUUAUAUUAAAUUAACAGAUAAAUUAGAACGUUUACGUAAUGAAAGAUUAAAAGAAAAUUUACGUAAUCCAAAAUUUGAAAUUAAUGAAUUUCUUAAAACAUUUCCUAAUCCACUUGAAUAUUUUUAUGAUCGAACAAAAAAUGUAUCAGAAUCAUAUAAAAAUCAUACAUAUAUUUAUUUAUCUAAUGCAUUUGCACGUAUAUCAACUGAUUAUAUAAAACAAGUAUUAAAUAAUAAUAAUUAUCGUUUUGCACCAUCUAUGAAACAAUUACAAGAAGAAUUUUAUACAUAUCAUACUAAUCAAAAUAAAAAAUCAAAUGAUACUAUUGUUAAACGACUUAAUCAUCGAGCUCGUGCUUUGAUGGCAAUUCCUGAUGUACCCGAUGAAAUUUUCUAUAAAGAAUUGUGUUAUAUUAAACAUGAGGAUGAAAUUAUAGGUAAGCAAUGA